AUGAAGAGUGUUUUCGCUUUCGCUUUCGCUCGACCCUCGCGCGCCGCCCAAGCUCUCCAAGCUCAAGCUCCUCCCCCCAACCACACCGACAAAUACCUAAACGGCCACGCCUCCUACCUCCGCUGCUCCGACUGCGCCGUACACCUCUGCCUGACCUCCCAAAUAAUCAGCAAAGGCUUCACAGGUCGACACGGACGCGCAUACCUCGUAUCAGGCGAGGUAUCCAGCAGCGCGGCGCCGGCCGUAUCAGUCAGUGCAUCAUCAUCUGCAACAGCAUCGCUACCCAAUACACUCUUACAACAACCCGUUCCUCGCCAACUAGUCACAGGCGCACACACAGUCAGCGAUGUCUGCUGUGCAUUUUGCGGCAGUGUGCUAGGCUGGAAAUACGUUGCUGCUGAGGAGGAGUCUCAGCGGUAUAAAGUGGGAAAGUUCAUUCUUGAGACUAAGAAGACUAUGGCUACUUCUUGCUGGGAGUCCCCGCCGCCAGAGCCAGAUGAUCAUCAAGUUCAAGUCGACGCCGAUCUGCGAAGGGGAGAGCGGGAGGACCACCGGGGUGAUGUGUGCGCGAAGGCAGAGGUCGAAUUUGAUAGCCAGGAUGAAGAUGAAUGUGAGGACCUGUUCGCUGGUAUAUGGAGUUCUGGUUUGGCUAGUCGUCGCCGAAGUCGUAAGGUUGGGCGGAAACCUACGAUGUUUGGAAUUUCGUGA